CUACUACUGGCAAGAGAGCAGUGGUUGCUGGGAGUACAUCCGGGAACCGGUACCGUGCAUUGCCUUUUUGCACGAUGGGAGAUGUUUCAACGCGGGAACAACUCAGUAUCUUGAGAUGGAGAGCAGCAGCAAGCAUUGCUUGGUCUGUGCUAUUGCUUCCUCUGUGUGUGGCAGCGUUCAUCAGUUUUAGCAGCAUUGACCUCUUCCAUCCUGUUCAGUGGAUCACAAAUUCUUUCAGUGAUUUGUAUACAUCCUAUGUGAUCUUUUGCAUACUACUGCUGUCUGUGGUGAUACUGGUAAUAAAUGUCUUCAAUGUUCAGUUUCAUGCAGUUGUGCCGUCUAUUCACUGCUCCCGAUUAGCCCUAAUAGGCAAGAUUAUCCACCCGCAGCAGGUGAUCCAUUCAGUUGCCCAUGCUGUGAUGGGAAUGCUGGUGGCUUGGUGUGCUGCAGUUAUGACCAAAGGGCAGUUCCUCUUUUUGUCUAUGCCCUGCACAGCUACAGAAAGUGUGCCUGAUGCUAACCUUCAUACAUGCCUGAAUGAAUACCACCUCUUUCUUUUACUCCUUGGAGCUUUUAUGGGUUACAGCUACAGUCUCCGGUAUCUUGUCAACAAUUUGAACUACCUCCCAUUCCCUGCCAUACAACAAUACAAGUAUCUGCGCUUCAGAAGAUCCCUUCCACUACUGGCAAAGCACAGUUGCAUGGAGUCACUUUAUAUGGUUAGGAACUUCUGUGCUGCUUAUUACUUCUUUGGUUAUAUUCCAAGGGCAUGGAUAAUGACCACAAUGAACCUUCGUGCUGAUAGCAGUCAUCCUCUUCUAGACACAGUGGCUGGUCUCCUGGAUUUCUCUCUUCUGUACCACAGCUGGUUAUGUGGUCUCUUUCUUCUAAUGACUUGGUACAUUGCAUGGCUGCUCUUCAGAAUUUUUUCGACUGAGGCACAUCACUUUCCUGUCCAGCCAACUUUUGCAGAAGAAGCAGACCAGUGUUUACCUAAAAUCUUAAACAGUAACCCUCCACCCCUUUUAAAGUUUUUGGCUUUACAGGACCUGAUGUUUCUUUCUCAGUAUUCUUCUGUGCGACGUCAAGAGGUCUUUAGCCUCAGCCAACCAGGUGGACAUCCAUACAACUGGACUUCAAUUUGUGGGGAGUGUUUAAACCUUCUAAGUGAUCUGACACAAAAGCUGGUAAUCCAGCAAGAGAUUGCAGCUGCAAAUGGAAGAUUGAAACAGCCGUCUGCAGGAGACUUGACACAGUCCUUCAGUUCUCCAGCUCCCGAAGAAAGCUCAUUUCAGACGCCAAGGACCAGCAUAUUUCCUCGAGCCCAUAUGCAUUCCCUGGUUAAAUCGUCUCUGUUGCCCUUAAAAACAUCACCUGCAUCUGAUCUUGGAAGCAAUUUAGGAUCGCCUUUUAAUACUUCCCUUUUGGGUCAUAAGCCUGGACUGCUGGAGUUAAACUCUCCUUGGCAUGGAUCUGUCCAAAGUCCCCAUAUUAUGAGAAGAGGACCAAAACUAUGGACAUCAAGUUCAGAUCUACAAUUGACAGGCUUUCCUGAUGAACCUCACCCAGUGAUGGUGGUUGCAAAAGAUGCUAAGGAAGCAGCACAGCCAGGUUCUUUCUAUAUAUGGUUACAGAACAAGAAAGAGCAGAUCAAACAUUUCCUGUCAAAACGAGUCCUGAUAAUGUAUUUUUUCAGCAAGCAUCCUGAAGCCUCAGUCCAAGUGCUGUUUUCUGAUACCCAAAUGCAUAUUUGGGCUUUGGAAGGUUUAUCGCAUCUUGUAGCAGCUUCAUUUACUGAAGAUAGAUACGGUGUUGUUCAGACAACACUGCCAGCAAUUCUAAAUGCUUUGCUAACUCUUCAGGAGGUCAUAGACAAACACUUCAAACUUCCUCAUGUUUCCAGCAAACCUCCCAAAACUUCAGGAAAUCUUGUGGACACUUCCUAUAAAACCCUUCGAUUUGCUUUGAGAUCAUCAGUGAAAACUGCAAUCUAUCGGAUAACCACCACCUUUGGAGAACACUUAAAUGCAGUGCAAGUAUCUUCAGAACAUAAGAAAAGACUGCAGCAGUUCUUGGAGUUCAAGGAAUAGUCAUGCCAAAUUGCACAUACUAUUGCACAUGGAUAGUAAUGAUGCCAACAACCACAGAUCAAAACGAAGUUAAAGUAACUUGAUCUUAUUGGCUUCUCAGAUAUGUACUUGUUUUCUUUUUGGCAACUCAUAAGUUGAUGUAUAUGUAUUUUGAAAUACAUAUACAUGUAUUUUUGAAACUUGGAUUGUUUUACUCUGAUAUUUUAUAUAAUAAAAUGAUAUUUAAACUAAA